GGAUGAUCAGAUUCCAUUCCCAAGGUUUAAGAGAUGGGAUUUUUCGGUCGUUUUUUUAGGUUUUUUCAUGUCAAGUUUUUGAGCCGUCGAUUCUGGAUGCAAUGUUGGAAUUGGGAGGUGAAUGUUAUGUGUUGCGGAUAGCUGGGGGAGUGAAGCAGUAAAUGAAGAACCAAUGUCAUUGUUUAGGCAAGUGCGGGAUCCUUGGUUGUUUGAUGAAGUUGCUUCAGUUAUUGAGAGUCGACAGUGUUCAGGAUGAUGGAGUUACCAAUCCUUUGCGCCGGCUCUAAUGCAUUCAGCUCAAUUUCAAACAGAGAGUGCGGUGGCUAUGGACGCGCCAUCUGCUGUGGCAUCGGACGCUCCCGGGUUCGUCUUCGACUCCACUUCCGGGCUCUACUACGAUGCCAGAGAGUUUUUGGGCUCUAGUCGAAAAGAUGCCAAUGUUUGCAUUUUUCAGCUUGGUUUGGAGGGUUUUGUCGACUUCAAUCGUGUGCGAUUUGUAGUGUACUCUGAACAUGUGGAACAGACUCUGGUUUCUACUAUGAUGCGCAAGCUGGUUGGUACUACAAUACUCAUGAUGGACAGUAUUAUAUAUAUGAGAACGAGGCUUACGUGCCUUUAUCAGCGACGGUCCGUGAAGAAACUGUUCUUCGAGGCAUCGGUUCAAGGUGCUGGGCGUUUGUCAAAUCCUGAACAUCAUCUGAGUGAAGAAGCCAUUCCUAUACAGGGAACGACUUCUACAAGUAGAAAUUCAACAAUGUCUACACAUAUCGCUGGCUUCACAGCAGAUCAAGAAGCUACCAUUGAUGAAACGUCAUCCCACCUAGAUAAAGAUAGCACUAUGAAGGAUGCCGCAGCUGUAGCAUCGGACUCUGAAUGGCAAGUUCAAUCUUUUAGAUAUGCGCAGAAUGUGACUGAAGUCACAAGCGACUCUUCAAGCGGAUUGAUCCCUGGAACCGAAAUGUCUUCGCUAUCUAUGGGAACUGUACCAACUAAAAGCUUGGAUACUACUGAACAAGGAGAUGCUGGUAAUGAGCCAGUAGAAUCAAGACCAGCUUCCGUAUGGAUUGCAGAAACCCUCAACGAGUUGUACUCACAGAAUACGUUUGAGACACCUACCAACGGAGGAAAAUCUGGAGUAAGUGUUGAUCCUUCUUCACAGCAUUUGUACUACCUUCCAAAUUCUGGUGGAGAAGACCCAUAUGAAUACACCUACAUGAGUGGAGAUUAUAAUGAAGAUACCUGGCGAGAGCCACAACACCAACGUCGGCAACAUUGGGGCUACAGUGUUGCCGGGGAAUAUCCCGCAACAAUGGACAACGAGUUGUAUGAGUCAGAUGAUCAGAGUGAAGAGCUAGAAGAAGGUGAAUGGAGACCUGAAGAAGAGGAAAAAGAAAAGUAUGUCUUCGCUGAUAUUGAUGAAGUAGAAGAAGGUGAAAUUCGCGAGAGUCCUAGUGAGGAACCAGAAAGUUUAGGAAUGGAUGGAGAAGAUCGUGGCACUUUCGGUGGAGGAGAAGAUCCUGCAUACAGAGGGUCAUCUCCCAUACACACAGAAAACUAUCUGUAUGAGGAUGGUAAAAUUGCAGGAGCUGACUAUACUUACGUCACCCAUCUCUCUGAGAAUUUGCCUGGAAGUGAUGCAGAUUUAAUUACAACUGCAUCAGUCGUAACAGCAGAAGAACAGUGGCAAGCUCAGUAUCUUCCAGCAGCUAAGUUAAAGCCACGAACUUAUAGUGGUUCAAUGGAACUUUGGGACUGGAGUAUUGUAGAGCAGGAAAAAAAGGUUUCAAAAAAGAAAGUGAAGAAAAUCAUUCGUUUGGUGGGCCGGUUAGCACCAAAUGCUACUCAAGUUCAUCCAUCUCUACGUGGUUCAGGAGGUCUUAUUCGUACUACUCCAAUACUUGAAGCCGACCAUGAGUUUGUGAAGGUCUCAUCAGGGCGGAUUUACAAACUUCGACGGCCAAGCUCGAAACAUCUUGCAGUAUAUCCUGGCUGUGUUUCCUCCAAUCCAAGUCAAGAUUGGGGCCUCCCACUCAUAAAUACGAAUCCAGCAGAAAACUACAUCAGCCAUAGUUCCGGCACGCAUGAUGCUAUUUUAAGCACUGAUUCUGGACUUGGGAACGAUCAGUCUGCUGCACCUAAGAAGAAGAACUCAAAGCUGAAAUUUAAAGGAGUCGAUGGGGAACCGCAACCUAAAUAUAGGGACAGGGCUGCAGAGAGAAGAACUUUACACAGGGGUUUCGGAAUAGGACCUGGUCAGAAGCUAGUAUCUGUACACGAGCUUGAGAAAGAGGAAGCAGAAGCUGCCACAGAGAUGCCAGCAGCCUUGGAAAAGGCCGCUUCAGCAAGGCGCAUAGGGAGGGAUAACAUCGGGAAACGGAUGUUGGAGGGUAUGGGGUGGAAAGAGGGACAAUCAUUGGGCUCUGGAGAAGGAGGUCUAGUAGAUCCCAUCUUAGCUUUGGGCAACACUGGUCGUACUGGCUUGGGUUGGAACUAGUGGCUUUUUCGCAUCUAUGAUUCUUGUUCGAAAUAUACCGAUGGCCUCAAGCUCAAAGAAGUCUUUGUUCCUCGUAUGUAGAAAAGAGGAAGUGACGCAAAAGAUGGUCAACAUGGGCACAUCGGCAUACAUUAAAACAUCCAAUAUGCAGCUCAUGUGCUUUCAAGUCUCUUUCGACUAUCUAUUCGAGCGUUUAGCUGUGUCAUUACAUUCUGGAAUCAAGUACACCGGCUUCAAAUCUUUUCAGCUCUUACUAUAAAUUGCAGAGAUGUCAAGAAUUGUUCUGAGUCUUCGUAAUAAUAUCAGCUCACAACGGUGAAGAGAUCCAUUUGGCAUGAUGUCUACGCAGAGAUAUCGCUGUCGGCAGCAUGGGGAGGUGAAACUGUGAAGCCUUUUACGUGUGUAUUGAUACAGGAUAUCCCUGUCCAUUCCAUUACGCUCCAGGAUAUCAAAUCGAUUGGUUGCGAUUGAGCCAGAGCUGUAAGUUUGUUGCUUUCCUUGCCUUGAGCAUUUUAAAACAUCUUAGUUUGCGGGUGGAUCAAGAAGUUCACUUUUGAUACAAAUUAACUGUGUGGUGAUCUGGGGAAUUGGAUAUUUCAAGCUUUAGUAACAGAACUGAAAAAUCUGCCCUAGGCAUAAGGUCUUUUCAGCUGCAGUGAGAUACCUUCUGCUGCAGCCUUCAUUGUUCAGUUAUGUCAUGGAAUUUUACCUGUCAAAAUGUUCCUAGCAUACUGAACGAAGUCUUGUUUUAGACUCUUACAUGGGAUUUCUUGACACACCUAAGGUAUGUGAUAAUGCCUUUUGUUUUCAACUCAAACAUUUACUCCUACACUAAGAGUUACUUCUCCACUUUCGAUUUGUUUAA